ACUGGGAUAUGGCUGAUGCUGCAGUGGUGUGUAGAGAGCUGGACUGUGGAGAACCUGUAGAUGCUCUGGGAGGUGCUCAUUUUGGACCAAGAUUAGGACCAGUCUGGACACAUCGUAUGUUAUGUACUGGAUCAGAAUCUACACUGAAGAACUGUGGAGCAGUAGAAUGGGGUAUUUAUGAUUGUAAUCAUAAUAAAGAUGCAGGAGUCAUCUGUUCAGGUGUCAGGUUGGUUGGAGAAUCUCGCUGCUCUGGGAGGUUAAAGAUACUUCAUGAUCAGACGUGGAUGUCAGUGUGUGACGCUGUCUUUGACCAGCAGGAUGCAGAGGUUGUGUGUAGAGAGAUGGACUGUGGGGCUCCUGUACAGGUGCUGGGAGCAGCUGCUUUUGACAAAGGAGAUGCUCCGAUGUGGACACAAGAGAUUCAGUGCAGAGGAAAUGAGUCUCAGAUCCACUUCUGUCCAGUGUUAUCACACAAGCAGGACUGUUCUCAUGAUCACCAGGGGCUUCUGUGUGCUGGUAAGAGUUAGAUUACCAUGAGAGUAAUCAGUAGUUUAACUUGGGUUGUAUGACACCCAGUGUAAAAAUACUUGGUGGUCCCCUGACAGCCCAACAACCUCACCCCAUCUUACAAGAAUUAAUUCCAGAUACAUAAUAUAUAAUCCUGUAAUA